UUAUCUUAACGUUGCCUCGUCGCUACCUCUACCGUCGAAAAGUCAAACUAACGUAUGUCAAAGCUUCAGAGUACAGACUCGUUGAGUACUCGUACGGGCAAACGUUAGGGAGAGAGAGAGAGAGAGAGAGAGAGAGAGAGAGAGAGAGAGAGAGAGAGAGACGCACACAUUGCGGUUUGACAAGCGAUAGAGAAUGUUGUGUUUCGCGAGAUCACGAGAAAAUAAUGCUGGUAUUGGUUCAGCAGCGCCUCUGAUACGAUCGAUCUACAUUCCGACAAGAUCCUCGGCAAAGUAGAACAAUGAUUAGCGGCAUACACGUCGCCUUAAAAAAUGCUAUAGACGUGAUAGCACCACCGGCCACGCCGCUACAAGACUUCACAUACCACUGGAAACAACUUAUGAACUUUUAUAUAAAUCAUUUGAACGAUUGUAAAGUUCCGAUACAAACGACCAGUAUACCCAGGCAUCUCGAUAGAUUACUUGAGAUUUUAUUGGAAGAGGAAAAAGAUGGAAAUGAUCCUGGGCCAUGUUUGGAGUACUUAUUGCAGCACAAACUUUUGGAUCUGUUAGCUUCAUUGGCAACAGCUGAGACACCACCUGGUAUGAGAGUGGUUUGUCUUUCAUUUCUAAGAAAAUUACUUGGUCGAUCAAAAUAUCCUUUGUUACAUCACACCUCAAUCUAUGCACCUAUACAACGUUUAAUAGUAAUCUGCAAUGGAAACACGCCGUCUCCAAUUGAAACCGAAGAGAUUCAAUUUCUCUUAACGCUCUGUUUCUUAGUCUGCAAGUAUCCGCACGUGACGAAUAUAAUAAAUGACGUACCAAUGUUACAAAAGCCAAAUGGCUCGAAUCGUUCAAAUUCAGAAAGAUUGGAAGUCGAAAAGGUUACUUACGUUCCAAAUAGAAAAAAGAAUAAUUCUAAUCCUUUGUUCGAACCACUGAAUACACAGGCAAUUGCUUUGGUAAAUCCGAAUCUAUUGAAUCCUGAAAACAAUAGACGAAAGUCUUUAUGUUCUAAUAUAAGUUGUAUCAAGAUUGACCUACCACCUAACACUUCCACACGCUCGAACGCAUCUACUUCUUCCAAAGAUACGGAGAAUAUAUCCCAAUCCUCGAGUCCGCUCACACAAAAUGCCUGUUGUAAUUCGACUUUGACUAUGAACCUGCCGGAUGAUAAACAAAACAAUUCAAAUAUUACGGAUAAACUUUGCGAUGAACUUGACAAUCCCGUAACCGAGAUAGAGACGUGUUUACAAAGUAUGAAAGAUUUGAGACUUACCGAGGAUUGCAAUACCUGUGACAAGACAAAUAAUCCAAUAGAGAAUAAUUGCGGACGAAGUCUUUUGAUACCAUCGCGAAUACCAGCGAAAUCAAAAUGCCUUUUAUUGGAAGCCCUUAUGAGCUACGUAAACAGUGCUGACAACACGGUCAGAGUGAGAGCCUGCGAAGGUAUAAUGGUCUUAGCUUCGCUCGAAGAUAUCACCUUCGCUCAAAUGGUAGCACAAAGCGAUUUAUCGAUGAUUAUAACUAGCCGUUUAGAGAAUCUUUUUAAUGCUGUACCAGCUCACGUAGAUCCAAAUGAGAUCGAUGUUGUCGACGUGACGUGGGGUUUGGAUUCACCUUUAUGGACGAAAGAAAAAAAAUUUCCUGGUUGUCGACAGGUCGCAGCUUUUUACAUGUGGUUUGAUUAUUGUAAUCAGCUUAUAAGAGAAGCGUCUACGGAUGUAGCUGAUGUAUUGGCGAAGCACAUUAGAAUAAAUUUCUUCGAAAAAAUAGUUACGCCUGCUUUAGCCGAUCAUCAAGUUAUUCUCGUAACUGCGUUGAUUACUAAAUGCUUGAAAGAGCUUGCAUCCUCUACAUUGUUUACAGAGGUGAGCUAUUGGCUUGUCGGACACAAUAGGCAUCCAGAAAUUCCAAACGUUUGUACCUCACCAGUUUUGUAUAGAUUAAUAAAUAACUGUUACACGGAUAGCGACGAACUGACGGUAGAAACGUUGAAAUUGUUCGAAGAAGUUAUAGAUAAAAGAAACGAACAUACCCUCCAUUGUCUUGCAUUGAUGUAUUUGACUAGUCGAGGAUAUUACGAUAAUACGGCCGCGGACAGUGCCAUUACAUCCUGGAGCGAUGAAGAAGACGAAAGAGAAAGAGAAAAGAAAAGUACAUUAGAUCUUUCUUAUGAACAAAGUCACAGUAGAACUUUGGCUCCGAGUAAUAUUCAUAGGAUUGUCAAUUGCUUCUUAUCGCUGGUACCACGCUAUCUUCAAACCGAUCCUGAUAUCAAUAGUUACGAAAGAUGCAUGGUUGUUCUGGAAAAACAGUAUUCUACUGUAUUAAGGGAUUGUUUUUUAAUGGCAUGGCCUUUGGAAGCAGUAACGCAUGACGAUUCUGCUAGUUCUGAUUCCAGACCAGAAGCUGAUCAUGGUGCUACACGGUUUUACAUGGGACCUUUUUUAACUAUGCUCUUCGAUAAAGUUUGCAAUAUGUCUAAGCAAAGAUAUGAAAUUAACUUGCAACUUACGGUUGUAAUAUCUAGAUUAACACUCUUACCGCAUCCAUACUUGCAUGAAUUUUUAUUAAAUCCUCUUCUACCGCUAGUGCCUGGCACAAAAAGUCUAUUUACUUGUCUCCAGAAAGUAAUCAAGCAGCUAGUUAAUGAAAUACCAAAGACCGCAGAAUCUAAACAAAAAUUAAAAGAAACAAGAGAGAGAUUAUUAGAUGACUGUAUCCACGAUGUGGAGAAGGAAAAUACAUUGCUCGAAAGUGUUGUAGUUACAGAAGAAUUUUGUAAGGGACUUGCCGCAAUAGCAUAUGUCAAAUAUCAUCAUUCUAUGUGAUACCUAAUAUAAAAUGAACAAAUUUUAGUCGUUAAUGUUUUACUAAUUAAUGUAUUAUUGUUGUUGUAUUAUUUUAAUUAUACUCAGAUAAAAUAUCAUUUCUGAGAUCAA